AUGUCUUUGUCAUCGUGGAAGCAAUUUUCCUUUCUUCAUUAUUCUCCCAUAAGGGAUCCCAAUUUCAACACGGAAACCCCUCUUUUCUCAGAUCCUUCCAUUAGUGCAAUAUGUUCUAGUGACAAAUACAUAAUGUUUGCCAUUGCGAGCUCAAUCAUCAAGAUUGUGGAUUUGGAGUUCAAUCUCGUUUAUCAAUUUGUGGGAUUUGAGCCCAAUUUCACCAUUUCUUACUUGAAACACUCUCAGGUCAAUAAUAUGAAUGUGAUAUGUGCCGUUGGUGAGUCGCUGGGGGUUCCUACGGUAUUGAAACUUUGGAACUUGGAUAAGUUGAUGGAGUCUAAUAAUUCCAAGACCAACGAUUAUUCUCAUCAUUAUUUGACAUCGGUUAAUGUUCAAAACGGCACCAAUCAAUUCCCAUUAUCGACCUUCGCAAUAUCCGAUGAUUUUUCAGUAUCUGCGUUCGGAUUCACCAAUGGAUCUACGAUUUUGGUAAGAGGUAACCUUUUAAAUGACAAAGGCGCCAGACAAAGAAUAAUUUAUGAAUCAAGUGGAGAGCCAAUCACUGGGGCACAUUUAUUUUUAAGCAGUCCGACUUCUGGCUAUUAUUUGUAUGUGUUAACCACAUCCAAGAUUUUACUAUUUGACACCACUGGAAGAAACCAGAAUACCCCAUUAAAUGUAUUGGAGAACACUCAUGGAUCGAAUUUGUUUUGCAAUGAUAUUUUGUCUUCAAAUAGUAACUUGAUCAGCUGUGACUCAAAUGGGAACUCCAUUGAUUUCUAUAAUUCCAAGUUUGGCAAAGUGAAUUCCAUAAAAACCUCCAAACAGUUCAAUCAAAAUAGACUUUUCAAUUUCAAUGACAAAUAUUUAUUGAUGGUUUCAUCCAUGGACAACAGUUUUACAAAAUCCGUUAUGAAUGACAAUAUUGAAGAUACCAGUAGUCCCGCGGGAUCAAUUUUCAAAUUCAAUCCAUCAAGCACUAGUGGCGGCAAUUCAGAAUUCAAAACAACUAAAAUAAUGGUGAUCGAUUACACCCAUAAUUUCAUCAUUUUCAACUUGACAAUCUCGCAUAACAUCACCAAUGUCAUCAAUGUAGCGAAUGAUGGACUAUAUCUAUUAUCAUCCAAUGGGAUUUUUUACAAACUACAAGAAAAGAGCAUCAAUGAUAAAAUUCAGAUAUUGAUCCAGAGAGAUUUGUACCCAAUGGCUAUUCAACUAGCCGAAGAAGAACUUGCGGUAAAUAAUCCUGCCAGUACUAUCACAAAAAAGGAUUUAUUUUUAAUCAAAAAGAAAUACGGUGAUUAUUUAUAUGACAAAGGCGACUUCCAGGAAUCUAUUGGGCAAUAUAUUGAUUCGAUUAAUUUGAAAAAUAACAGCUUCAAUUUAAAUGUGAUAUUAAAGUUCAAGAAUAACGACAAGAUCUUGUACUUAACAGAAUACUUGGAGCACUUGUGUUUCAGCAAUAAAGAGAUUUUUGAGCGACAUCUAAUCAAGUAUUCAUCAUCCGAUGAUUUGAUCAAUGAAGAUUAUUUGACAUUGUUGUUAUGCAAUUAUUGCAAAUUGAAAGAUAUCGCCAAGUUUCAAAACUUCAUUGAUGAAUUGGAGGCGGUGAAGCAGAAAUACGCCGACAGCGAUGAGGAGCAAAGUUUGCUCAAUUAUUCAAAUUUGAACUUCAAUCUUGAUUUAAUUAUCAGUCUAUUAUUGAAAAUUGAUUUCAAUAAGGUGGUCAUUAAUAUUUCAUUUAUUUUUAAAUAUUAUUCCAUGAUUUUGGAUAUUUUGAUCAAUAAGUUCCAAGAUUUCAAAAUGUGCAUCAUAUUCCUUAGGUUUUUGAGAGUCAAUGAAAUUUUCAACUUACUACUAACGGAAUCUACUCAAGGCAACUACAUUAAAAGACUAUUACAUCAUGUUCCAAUUGAAACUACAAAGUUGUUGAUUGAUAUUUUCACUGGUAUUUACAGGCCAACAAUCAGUGAAGAGUACAUACACGAGCAAUUCAAUAAUUUGAAAGAUGGCGUGACCGAACAUCAUCACCAAAACUCAUCACUGAUCAAUGAUAUUGGGAAGGAUACUGAUGACACUAAUCUUGCGAUUCAGAGUUACAAUACUUUUGUGGAUUACAUUUCAUCCACUGCAAACAAUACCUUGACACUCAUGAAUUUUACUGAUAGUUCGAGUAUCAACAAAGAAGAGGACCAACAACCAACGUACCAACCACCAAAGCCCCGUCUCGUAUUCAUUUCAUUUAUUGAUAACCCUAACGAGUUUGUGGUUUUCCUAGAAGCAAUACUUGAGAAUUAUGAUAAAUUUGAUCGGUUCAAUACCAACGUGAAAGAUAAGACUGAUUUAUUGAUUACGUUGUUUGAAAUGUAUUUGAGCUUGGCAAAUAUGGAAAAUAAUAAACAAGAGUGGGAACAAAAGGCUAUGCUGUUAUACCAAAAACACAAGACAUUGAUGGAUUACAAUACAGUUUUGUUGCUUUGUCAUUUGAAUGAUUUCUCAGAUGAAGAUUUGCUAUUGAGUCUUGGAGGAGAGGUGGAGAACGAGGAAAAUCAACUAGAAAAUGACCAGCACACUGGAGAAGAUCGAAGCUCAGAAGAGGCUAGAGAACUUAAAAAUGAGCGCACAAAGUCCCGCGAGGAGAAUUUGAUUAGUUAUAAUUUUGACAUGGAAAAACUACUUGACGAGAUUGAAGACACUUUGCCUGAUGAUCAUCCAACCUUGAUCAUCGAUGAGGAAUAUACCGGUGAAAACCAUCAAGUGUCUGCAUCGAACAAAAUUGAGUUAUUGAGAAGCUCGUUGAAUUCACAAAAUAUCGAGAAGUCAGUGGAGAUUUUGAACAAAUAUGGCCCAGGGAUUCCUGAAAUGUAUUCCAUGACAUUAUUUUAUGUGAUAAAGAAAAAUUCUGAGGAAUUUUUAACCAAGAAGUUUGGAGUGAAGAAUUUGAUGUUGAUUUUAAUAAAGUUAUUGAAGAGUAACGUGUUGUCAGUGAUAGAUUUGGUGAAUAUUGUUAGUUUGAAUGAUCUUGUGAAGUUCAAAUAUUUGAAGAACUUUUUGAUGAAUUACUUGGAAUUUAAGACACUGGAGAUUGAAAAGAAUGAUAAGUUGUUUGAUUACUACUCCAAAGAAAUUGAGACGAAGAAAUCGGAGAUCUCUAAGCUUCUAGUAGACCACAAUGAAAGUGGAGAUUCCAACGACCAAGAGAAUGUUAUUGUGGUUAAUAAUUUGAAAUGUCAUUUAUGUGGAUUGAAUCUUGAUUUCCCAAUUGUUCACUUUUAUUGCCAGCACUCUUAUCAUCAAAGAUGCCUUAAUGAUUUUGAGUAUGAUUCGUAUAAUGAGGAUUUGAUUCCUCUGGGGCAAUUAGCUGGCUCGGGGUCGAAAAAUUCCACGAAUUUCAAAUGUCCAAAGUGCAUUAGUGAAAUGGAGGCGGUCAGUAACCUUAGAAUGGCUCAAGAUGAAAUUGGGGAAAAAAAUGAUUUGUUCAGAAUUGCGCUAGACGAAUCCGAGGAUAAGUUUAAGGUAAUCAAUGAUUUCUUUGGGAGGGGAGCCAUGGAACAUAGUCGAUUUAUCAUGGCUAAUAAUUCCGAUGUAUGA